CAGGGGAGGCGUCUGAUACCAGGAGCCUCCUGCACGACCUGUCUGCUGGCUUCUACAGCAAGGAGCAGAGCUCUGAUCAUGGAGACCAAUGUGAUCAUCGCGUUGGCUGUCGUCGGCGUGACCGCUUUCUUAUUCCUCAUUAGAUGCCUGGGUUCUCAGCAGAAGAAAGCUCCAGUCACUCUCCUAAACCCGGAGACAAAGUACCCCCUGCCCCUUAUCGAAAAACAGGAAAUCAGCCAUGACACUAAGAAAUUCAGAUUUGGCCUCCCUUCGUCGGAGCACAUUUUGGGACUUCCUAUAGGGCAACAUAUUUACCUCUCGGCUAAAGUUAACGGCAGUUUGGUGGUUCGGGCGUACACCCCGGUGUCCAGUGACGAAGUGAAGGGUUAUGUUGACCUUGUUGUAAAGGUUUACUACAAAAAAGUGCACCCUAAAUUCCCAGAGGGAGGAAAGAUGUCCCAGUAUUUGGACAGCUUGAAGAUUGGGGACACAGUGGAUUUUCGGGGUCCUAAUGGUCUUCUAGUCUACAAAGGAAAAGGUAAAUUUGCCAUCAGACCAGACAAAAAGUCGCCACCUCAGACUAAGUCCACCCAACAUCUUGGGAUGAUUGCAGGAGGGACAGGUAUUACUCCAAUGCUACAGCUAAUCCGUCACAUUACUCAGGAUCCAAGUGAUGACACUAAAUGUUACCUCAUCUUCGCUAAUCAGACUGAAGACGACAUUUUAGUUCGAUCAGAACUGGAAUCUGUAGCCAAAAGUCACCCCGACCAGUUUAAGCUUUUCUACACCCUGGACCGUCCACCUCAAGGUUGGGAGUACGGAACCGGCUUUGUCACCGCUGAGAUGAUUAAGAAGCACCUGCCUGCACCUUCAGACAACCCACUGGUGCUCAUGUGCGGCCCUCCACCCAUGAUCCAGUUUGCAUGUCAGGACAACCUGACUAAGCUCGGCUACCCUGAAGACAGGAGAUUUGCCUACUAAAACUGAGCGACGUGAAUCUUCAAUCUUCAUAUCAAACCCUGAACGAUUGGAACGGACAUACGGAAUCUGUAGGGAAAGUAACAUGAUGUAUCUGCAGUGAGCCUACCUCCACCUGGUCCACCAGUGUAGUACUCCGCAGGUUCCUCUAAGACUACAACCUUAGACAUGUUCUUGUGUUCUCCUUCUCCCCCAUAAGGAGUUGCAUAUCUCAAAAUAUUUUCUAUGACUCUCAUACAUGAGCUCGUCCAUGUAACGUUCCAUACAAGACGACUCCAAAAGGGGAAGAUAUUUUUCUGACAUGUCCUACAGAAAUCAGUGGGGGCUGCAAGUGCAUUUUCCAAAAUGUCAAGACAAAGGGGGUGAUGAGGCUUCAUAGAGCGUCAGAAGCCCUUUGUUACUACUUUAUAUCUUGACCUUUUGUUUUUAAAGACUUUUUAAAGACCCCGGUGUUGGAGGCUUCCCAUCUAAAUGACAUGGCAGAAGAUUAUCUUUUUUCUUGAUUUCAAACUUAAAGGGGUUGUCCAGGAUUAGAAAAAGAUGGCUGCUUUAUUCCAAAACCGUUGCACACCUGUCCGUGGUGUUGGAGGUCUGCUCUAUAGAGGUCAGUGAGGUUGAGCUGUAAUACCACACACAUCCUGUGGACAGGGGUGGUGCCUUUUAUUUUGGAAGAAAGCAGCCUUCUUUUCUAGUCCUGGACAACCCCUGUGAAGGAACAUUCCAGAUGAAACCGAUGCAUAGUAUGCUGUGCCUUGUGCUGUUCUUAUAGGGCAGGGAUUUAAAGGACAAAGAGGAAAUCUCUGCGUCAUGUCCAUUCCCUCAGGCAUGUAUCAUUUCUUAACUGGAGUGUUCCUCUAAAC